AAAUUUAUUUGCAUUCUGUUCACGACAAAACAUUCGGCUUCAGUAUUCAGCACAAAAUCAAAUUCAAAAUGUUUAUAUAAUCUAAAUAUUUAUUAUACUUAAAUAGCAUGGCCAAUUAGCAAAUAUUUCUAUUACUUUCUACGUUACAAAUAGAUAAAAAAUAACAUGGAUUCUCAACAGAGCUCAUAUGGAGAUCUUUUAGACCUGACAGACACCGCAUCAUCAUCGUCACAUACAGGACUAUUUGAAACUAAUGAAAAUAUUGUGCUAGAGCUUCACGACAUCAAGAAGGGAGGCCCUACACCCCAAACGGACACGGCGCAGACAGACUCGAAAAAGAAGAGAAGAAAGAAGCGAGCCCAACCAGCAACUGAUAAAAGUACUACUUCAACGUCGAGUGCUGCCUCAGAUAGUGGGCCCAAGAUCGAAGAUCAGGGGAAAGAGGAGUUCUAUGAUGCCAAGGGGAGCGUGCAUGCCCUACCAGAGAGUCAAGCAAAGCCUGCUGCACCUUUAGUUCUCGCACAAGCACACUCGGAACAUGGACAAGAUCCGAAAGCACCCGUAGCCGAGAGAACGUCUGCAACGCAACGCCAGCCUUCCACUAUUACGAAACCUGUAGCACCACCCGAUUCUUGAUGUGUGAAGGUCAAAGAUAUAGAAGAUCUUAAAAUAGUUACACAAAGAAAUGCCACUGAUCACAUAUUAUUAAAGCUCUGCUGUUCCCUUAAAGGUCACCUAAAUUGGAUUAUUCAAUAAACCGAAGUAAUUAGAAAAAA